AUGGGCGGCAUCAUGGGCCAGUUGAAGUACUUCAAUGAUUCAGUUGUCGGCCAGCACAACUCAGUCGUGCGUUGGGCCCGCGAGUUUGGCGGAAUCUAUUGCGUCAGGCUUGCAAACGUCAAUAUGGUCAUCGUGUCCGAUGCCCAGUUGAUCGACAGCAUCGUUGGGAGGUCGACCGAGCUCGAAAAGAGCGUUGAUGUGUUCUACAACCAAUUCAACGUGCUGGCCCAUGACGAGGAGAAAUCCAACCUGUUCACCUCAAGGACGAAUGACUGGUGGCGGCUCAUCAGGAAGGGCCUCUCGCCGGCUUUUAGCGCUAACAACCUCAAGAAGGGGUUCCCCGAGGUGCAGCAGGUGACCCAGCGGCUGAUCAACGCUAUGAAGAAGGCCCAGGGGCACCCCCUGGCGCUCGACAAGGCCACACUGUGCGUCACUCUGGACGUCAUCGGACGCGUCGGCUUUGCCAAAGACUUUGGCGCCACCUCCAGCUUCGAGGCUGCCAUCGAGGGCAAGCUGCCUGCCCCGCCAGCGAUGGAGAAGCCUGGCGUACUUGGAGCGCUGUGGGACUGGAUGCUGGUCACUGUCGGGGCCAAGCUGACCCCCAGCGGAGUGGCUCACGACGAUUUCCGGCAGCGCAUGCGCGCGCUCUUGCAGGAGGUCAAAGCGCGCGGCGAUCCUCGGGUGGAGGACCAAUCUAUAGCGGCACUGCUGCUCAAGCUGAAGGACCCCAAGACCGGGCAGCGCUUGCCGGACGACCGCCUGGCCGCCGAGUUUGCAGUUGUGUACCAGGGCGGCACCGAGACCACGUCCCUCACCACCGCGUGGGCUGUGUUCAUGAUCAGUCAGCACCCAGAGGUGGAGGCAAAGGUCCUCGCUGAGCUGGACGGCCUGGGCCUGUUAGUCACCCCGGAGCGGCCCAACCCGCGGCCGCUAGAGUAUGAUGACCUCACCAAGCUCACCUACACCAACAAUUGUAUCAAGGAGUCAAUGCGGUGCCUGCCGGUGUUGAGCGGCACCAACCGCAUGUCAGACAAGGACAUCAUGCUGGGGGGUUACCUCAUCCCUCGCAACACCAUGAUCUGGUGCAACCUCAACGCCACCAUGAGCAACCCAGACCUGUGGGACCGCCCCGAAGCCUUCCUCCCAGUAAGGCCCUCAGUGCUGCCCCUGCUGGAGAGGUGGGAGGUUCCAGGUGCCGAGUAUGUGCCCCUCCCAGCCGGCAAGCUCGGCACAGGUCAUGGGACAGCAGUUCAAGUUGAUGCAUCGGGCGAGCCGGCCAAGGAAGCUGCCAAGGAAGCUGCCGGCGACGAGGAGGAAGCUGCCAAGCACCGGGUCAAGCGCUUCACGCCAUUCAGCGUGGGGCCGCGCGACUGCAUCGGGCAGAACCUGGCCAAGAUCAACUACCAGACCACCGUGCCCAUGCUGCUCGCCAACUUCAAAUUCAAGCUGUCCGAUGAGAUGGGCGGAUAUGAGGGGGUGAGGGCGUCUGAGAGCAUGGGCGUGCUGCCUUUCACAUUUAGGCCUGCGCAUGGGCUGAAGAGGCUGUGGCUCCCUCGCCUGGAGUGCACCGGCAUGCUGGCUCUCAGGCCGGGGAAAGGCUUCCAGAUGCAUUGCGUCCCUCGCUCGCAAGCUUCAUAA